AUGUGGAGACGAGCGUACUUGCUCCUCCUGCUGAUCCGGGUGUACUUCGCCCUUUCGCCGAGUUAUGUGCAUCCCGAUGAGCAUUUCCAGAGCCUGGAGGUAUUCGCCGGGCGCAUCUAUUCCUACCCCUCGCAGUUAACCUGGGAGUUUGUUUCAGACAACCCCAUUCGCAGCGUCUUCCCUCUAUGGCCUGUCUACGGUCUGCCCAUGAAUCUGGUGAAAUGGUUCUACAACGAGACCGGUCUGGGGAGCAGUCCUCCGCCGGAGCUGAUAUACUACAUUCUGCGGGGCGUCAUGUUUGUGCUUAGUUUUGUGCUGGAGGACUGGGCUGUUUACGAACUGGUGCCGACUCCGAGACAUCGUGUUCCCACGGUUGUUUUGGUGGCCUCCUCCUAUGUCACAUGGACGUAUCAGACGCACACUUUUUCCAACUCGCUCGAGACGCUGCUGGUCACUUGGGGGUUGGUUUUGAUGCAGCGGAUUGUGGAGAACAAGAAACGCUCCGUAUUCUUCUCCCCCGCCGUGUUAUCGCUAGUAGUCGUACUCGGCGUCUUCAAUAGAAUCACUUUCCCGGCAUUCCUUCUAAUACCCGGGCUGCAACUAUUUCCGCAUUUUGUGCAAAAACCAUUCUCACUCGCUGUCUUGAUUGCAUUCGGAUCCCUCUUUUCCGCAAUCGCUAUUCUCACCGACACCGUCUUCUACCGCUCCGUCUCUCUACUCGAGGCUAUUCGCAACCCAGUCGUUAUCACCCCCUUAAACAACCUACUGUACAACACCAACAGCGUAAAUCUAGCCGAACAUGGCCUUCACCCGCACUACCAGCAUUUCCUCGUGAACCUGCCCCAGCUCCUCGGACCAGCAUUGGUAGCCCUCGUGCUAUCCCUAUUCACGCGGUCCAUGGCAAGCGUAUUCUACAACCGCCGCGCCAUCGCCGCGCUAUCAGGGACAAUGAUCCUCUCCGCCAUUCCGCACCAGGAACCUCGCUUCUUGCUACCCUGCGUCCCGCUGCUUCUAACAUGUAUGCGGCCGCUGAAAACGCGCCCUUUUCUCAUCUCCUGGGUUGUCUUCAAUGCACUCCUUGGUUUCCUAAUGGGCGUCUAUCACCAGGGCGGUGUAGUGCCCACGCAGCUGGCAAUGCCGUCGAUCAUAAACGCACAUCAUGCCGAUCAUAAGAACAAUAUGAUGGACAGCAUCAGAUCUAACGUAACCGUCUUCUGGUGGAAGACAUACUCGCCGCCGCUAUGGCUACUAGGCGACAACAGCAGCCUCGACGCCGAUAUCCACACGCUAGAUUUGAUGGGCAUGCGCGGCAACGACAUGAUUGAGCGCAUUGAGUCUACCGUUCCGAGCUGCUCAGCAAACAAGAAGGAACAAGAGAAAAACAGGGUCUUCUUCCUCGUCGCGCCUCGCUCCGCCACAUUCCUUGAUACAUACACUUCUUCCAACAAGCAUGACGAGCAAGUCGAGUCCCUCCAUCUAACGGAACAGUGGACGUAUACCAACCAUCUGAAUCUAGACGAUAUCGAUGUCGGGGACGACGGCGUUCUAGGCACUCUAUAUCGUGUCCUUGGCCGUCGCGGAUUGACGGUGUGGUCCGUGGAGCGGAUUGGAUGUAAUAUUUAG